CCCAAAGGGAUACCCCUCCUCCUCCUUUCCUCGCCGCCGCAGCCUCCGCACCCAGCUCUAUCGCCGCCGCCGCCACGCUUCCCUUCCCCUCUCCAGAAGCUUCUCGCCGGAGGCGGAGGAGGAGGAGAGAUGGCGGAGCGGCUGACCCGUAUCGCGAUAGUCAGCGAGGACAAAUGCAAACCGAAGAAGUGCCGGCAGGAGUGCAAGAAGAGCUGCCCCGUCGUCAAGACCGGGAAGCUUUGCAUCGAAGUAACUCCGGCGUCGAAGCUCGCGUUCAUUUCUGAAGAGCUGUGUAUUGGUUGUGGUAUUUGCGUUAAGAAAUGCCCGUUUGAUGCCAUUGAGAUUAUCAACCUUCCUAAAGAUUUGGAAAAAGAUACUACUCAUCGCUAUGGUCCAAAUACCUUCAAAUUGCACAGGUUGCCUGUUCCAAGGCCUGGUCAAGUUUUAGGCCUUGUUGGGACAAAUGGAAUUGGAAAGUCGACAGCACUCAAAGUGUUAGCUGGCAAGCUCAAACCCAAUUUGGGACGAUUUAAAAAUCCACCGGACUGGCAGGAAAUUCUGACGUACUUCCGUGGCUCUGAGCUUCAGAACUACUUUACACGCAUAUUGGAGGAUAACCUUAAGGCAAUCAUCAAGCCUCAGUACGUGGACCACAUUCCAAAAGCUGUCCAGGGAAAUGUUGGACAAGUACUUGACCAGAAAGAUGAGAGAGGCGUGAAAGCUGAGCUUUGCGUUGACCUUGAAUUGAACCAAGUUAUUGAUAGAAAUGUGGGAGAUCUGUCUGGUGGUGAGCUCCAGAGAUUUGCAAUAGCAGUUGUUGCUGUGCAGAAUGCGGAGAUUUUCAUGUUUGAUGAGCCAUCAAGUUACCUUGAUGUUAAGCAGAGGCUUAAAGCCGCACAAGUCAUUAGGUCUUUGCUUAGACCCAACAGCUAUGUUAUUGUUGUGGAGCAUGAUUUGAGUGUCUUGGAUUACUUGUCCGACUUUAUUUGCUGCUUGUAUGGGAAGCCAGGUGCUUAUGGUGUAGUUACUUUGCCAUUUUCGGUCCGAGAAGGUAUCAAUAUUUUCUUGGCCGGAUUUGUUCCAACAGAAAAUCUACGGUUUAGAGAUGAAUCUCUUACUUUUAAGAUUGCUGAGACUCAGGAAAGUGCCGAGGAGAUUGAGACAUACCAACGAUAUAAAUACCCUACCAUGAGCAAAACACAGGGUAAUUUCAAGCUCACUGUUGUUGAGGGUGAGUUCACUGAUUCACAGAUUGUCGUGAUGCUUGGUGAGAAUGGGACCGGGAAAACUACAUUCAUCAGAAUGCUGGCUGGGCUGUUGAAGCCAGACACCGUGGAAGGAACAGAGAUUGAAAUUCCUGAAUUUAAUGUGUCCUACAAGCCUCAGAAAAUUAGCCCGAAAUUCCAGCAUUCUGUGAGGCACUUGCUUCAUCAGAAAAUACGGGAUUCAUAUACUCAUCCUCAGUUUGUGUCUGAUGUCAUGAAGCCACUACAAAUAGAGCAACUCAUGGACCAGGAAGUUAUUAAUUUAUCAGGUGGAGAGCUACAAAGGGUGGCAAUAUGUCUUUGCCUUGGAAAGCCUGCAGAUAUCUAUUUGAUUGAUGAACCAAGUGCCUAUCUUGAUUCGGAGCAGCGUAUUGUUGCAUCGAAGGUUAUCAAAAGAUUCAUCCUUCAUGCAAAGAAAACCGCAUUUAUUGUUGAGCAUGAUUUCAUCAUGGCUACAUACUUAGCUGACAAGGUUAUUGUUUAUGAGGGGCGACCUUCUAUUGACUGUACUGCCAAUGCACCACAGUCUUUGGUAUCUGGGAUGAACAAGUUCUUAUCGCAUCUCGACAUUACUUUUAGAAGAGAUCCAACGAACUAUAGGCCACGAAUAAACAAACUGGACUCUACAAAAGACAGGGAACAGAAGUCUGCAGGAUCAUAUUACUACCUUGAUGACUAAUGUGAAGGCGUACAGAAUCAUCUUGUGGAGCUUCCCGCCCAUAAUUUUCCCAGGCUGUCGAUGUCUUAUUUCGUAUUUAUUCAGAAAUGUACCUGGAAGCUACCACAGCAUGAAGCAUGCUAAAUAAUUGGCUGAGGGAGUCAAGUGUAUCAUCAUCAGUUACAAGGCCUAGCAUGUGAUGCUGACACUAGUUUUGAUUUUUGCUGGUUUGAUAUAAUAUGGUGAUGGGAAAGAGAUGUUACUGUUAAACUGAGCAGCUUUGUCAGGAUCGGAAGAUUGUGAAUUUUUGUGUAUUUUGCAUUAUUGUAUCGUGGAUUUACCAACUGGCACCCUUAAAUCCUUUGGUUUUAUAGGGCAUAUAAAGUUUUUUGUGCUGCUACUCAUGUUA